UGUCAUCUGGCGAAGGUCAGUCUGCAGAUAACCUCUCCAGGAUACGACGGUAUAAAUGGCCGACUUCCAGCAAGAUGCGUCACUCGCAACUCACUGCCAUGGCCCGCAUUUCCAGCACGUUUCUCGCCUUUGCUGCCCUCGUGGUCACAGGGUCACUGAGCUUCGCGGACUGCUCUUCUGUGGGAAAGAACACGGAAGUCGGUGUCUCCAGCAGCAACUACUCUUCCACGGUGACAGCUGCCGUCGGCAGCAUUACGAGUCUCCGGUGCCCCGUGUCCUCCAGCGACAAAGCUUCACAGGUGGAAUGGAGGCAUGGAAGCUACGACACCACCAACAGGCGUUUCUUCAAUGCAAGUAACCUAGAAACUGGUGAGAGGAUUCUGCAGAUAUUCUUCGUGCAGUUCAAUGACACCGGCGUCUAUGUCUGCUCUGUCCCUGGCAUACCGACCGAGGAACACUCGGUAUAUCUCUCUGUCAUCGGUUCAGACGGCUCUUCUGGCGAGCAGAGCGCAGAACGGUCGUCUUCCGUGGUGACGGUGGUUGUCGGCAGCACUGCCUAUCUCCCGUGUAAAAUGCCCGACAGCGAUUCAUUGAUACUUACUCGGUAUGGAGUCGAGCCGAACACAAGCUCCACGUUUGACCGUGUCAGCGGAGUGAAGAACAAUCAGUCUGAUACACUGGAUAUGAAGAUAAGUUCAGUGCUAAAGGAGGAUUCGGGCAUCUACUUCUGUUAUCUCGCCGGUGUGGCAAACGGCCGACACACGAUACAUUUCUCUGUCGUCGAGCCGGAGAUUUUGGGGGAGCGUACCAGAUACGUUGUGGAUGGUGACUCCGUCAGCCUGAUGUGUGUCCUCGACCCCAUUCCAACAUCGGAGGUCAACAUCGAGUGGACGCGAGAUGCUGGAGAUGAGAUCGUCCACCUCCAUCACAACGAACGCAUCACCACCGUCGUAGAGAGAGGUACAGCUUUGAAGAGCACCUUGGUGAUCAACAACAUCCAGCUGGUGGAUGCUGGAAACUACACCUGCACUCCAUCUGAAAGCAAUAGCUCAGCAACCGUCGCUGUUCACGUAGUACAUAGGCGACUUCAAGCUGAAACUAAUGCUCCAGAACAAUCAUCUGUGAAUGUGACUCUCAACGAUAUGGAACCUCGUACCUACUGAGGAAGCCAGCAGAAGUGACGGAAAGGAAGAGAGGGUUGAUGAGUACGAAUGAAGAGAGGGCUGACUGACUAAACUACGAGUACAGUGGUUGGUCAAGUAAGUCCUUGCGACGCAAGAGUACGCGAACAAACUUCAAGUAUUGGUAAUACACACAGAAAAGGAAAGACUCAUGUGGAUGAAAGGAGAAUAACUGAGGCAGAAUGAAAAUGAACGCAUACAUAGCCUCGUGUAAUCGUUUGUAUCUUUAGCAUUUUGGUUAUAAUAAAAUUUCCAAUUUCUGUUCA